UUAGAAUUAUUUUCUUACUAUUAUAAAAAUAAAAUUUACCCUAUUAACUUUUAGUUUUCAAAUAAAAUUAUGACUUUGUUUAAACUAAAAUUUAUUUAAAAGACAAAUAGAUAAAUAAAAUCUGUGAUUCCAUUUCUAUAAAAACUAUAUUUUUCUAUAACAAGAUUUGUUUUAGUUAUAACUAUAAAAUUCUAAAGUUAAAAAACCAUCUUAAAAUAAAACUUUUGAUUUUAUAAUAAAAAUAAUUUUUACCUCUAUAUUUAAAAGAAUAAAUAAUAAUUUUUAUUUUAUUUUAUAGAAAAAAUAGAGAUAGUUGGAGCAUAUUUUUCUUUAUUGUGAAAUUUAGAAGUGAAAUAGCAAUGUGCCAGAAAUGCUGAUGUACUGUCUAUUUCACAAGUAUAUAAGUAAUGUUUUAAAAAUACAAAAUUAUAACACUAAAAUAUUAACACAUCCGUACCAUCAAAAGAGCUUUGGUAGAAGUGGCAAGGACGGCUGAUUCUCAUUUGGAUUCUCUUCUCUAGCAUUGUUUCUUUUUCCAUAAUACUAACAUUAUACUAUUUAUUUUCUAUUGGUUAAUUAAUUACACCCACUUGUUUUAAUUUUAUAAGGAGCGCAAUGAAUUCCAAUCAGAUUGUUUGUAUAACUAAUACAGUAUCAUCAGCUCUAGAAAACAAAAAACUUUACAAUCUAAUGCCAAACCAAAUUUGUAAAAUACCUACAUGCUUUUCAUUGUCUUUAGACCUUAAGAAGACAAGUCAAUUCUUUACAUUCUUAUCUAAAAGGUUAUGUAAGAUUUGAGCUGAACGGAGAGUUUCUUCUCCAUAUAGACGCUUCUUCCUUCACACUAGAUCAUAUGGAUGGCAGCCUGCAUUGCAUAUCUAACACAUAGCCUCGACUUAGAAAUCAAGUUGCGAACCCGAGAAUGAUUGGACAUUCUCAUUCCAAGACGUUGUGUGAUUCUUAAGUAGUAUACAUUUCGUCAGGUUGCACCAGAUCCAAAAAGAGAAUUCACAGGAGAAGAAAAAAUGGUUUCUAAUUUCAGCCAGGUUGUUACAAAGCACACAUUGAGUUGGUAUAACCAUGUUCCAUCGCACUAUACGAUCCGCCGUACUGAUCCUAUUAUGCAUUGCGAGCCACGUUAUAAAGGAGUAUUUAGACGUAGCUUGAGGAAACUAAACAACUUGUUCUCAAACACACUUUUGUUGUAUCACCCUAACAAGCUCUCAUAUCUCGUACGUAGAGAACAUUGUGUGAUAAUCAGAUCAUCUUUUCCAUAGGUUAACAUCAUCAUCCUCCACCAUUGACUCUCUCGUGCAAUCAAUUAUGUCUUCAACUACAUUAUAUCUCUGAACUCUGUGCCUCAUCCUCCUAUGUUGCAAAAUCACAUCACUCAGCGUGGUAUUGGAACUAACUCACAUAUCAAUGAAGCCUCUCUCACCAAAUAUAUCAAACAAAACUCCCACAUUCGACAAAUGAUCAAACCAAAAUGAAGUAUUCUUCCCAUUUUCAAUUUGCUUUUUGUAGAAAUUUCGAACUAUGCUUCUGAGUUUAAUAAGCUUCUUUCAUAUCCAUGAACUUUUAUUUUCUCUAACCUUAACCUCAUAGAAAGUUUUUCUCCGCUAGCAAAUACUUUCUAAUCCAUUUACUCCAUAGUGACUUACCAGAGAGUAAACGCCAUAUCAAUUUUAGACUAUUCAUAAAAUUAACUUCUUUCAACCUCUCCGGAUCUAGACCACCUUUGAUCUUUGGCUUACAAACAUCAGACCAAGCAAUUUUUGCUUUAGAAGUUUUUAACUUUUGGCCAAACCAAAGAAAUGCAGCACACAAACUUUUUGUUUCUUUCAAAUAUCGAUUUGGAAGUCUAAAAGCCGAAGACCAUAAGUUAACAAUGCUCGUGAUAAUUUUCUAUGUAUGAAAGAAACUAUCUUCACUUUGUUUCAAAAUUAUGUGUAUGUUACAAUUGCAUUUUCGCUAUUUAUCUGAACACUUACCAAUCCAUAAGCUUUUACAAUCUCCCACACAAAUCAUAUGAAUCACAUUGUACGGCAUGCUAAUAAUUUAUCAAAAGAAUUAUUGCUUCCUGUUAGAAACACUCCAAAAACAUUAUAAAAAGAUUAUCAGAGUAACACAAGAAAAAUUAUCAAACAAUUUUUAAUUUAGGUUUAACAAAAAUUUGACCAGAUGAAAAAAAAAAUUUGACCACAUGACAAUAUAAUAUAAUCAUAAUAACUGAAUUUAAAUGACGAUUCUCACAUAACUUUUUUAAAAGCGAUUUUCAAAACAAUUUCGUAAAUAACAAAAUUACAGCAAUAUCAAAGAACUAGUCCACCAUUCUGUGGUUCCAUCAGUAAAAGCUAUCGACUUGCUUUUGAGACAACAUAAUCAAUGCUAAUACAACUUUUAAGCAUUUAAGCCAGCAUUAAAAACCCUAAAUAGUAAAUUUAAUAAACUUUCAGCGAUGCAAGCAAGUGACCCAUCUAUUUAAACACCCUCCCCAUGCACAUCAUUUCAUAUCUUCAUCAACUCCACAACACUUCUCUUUGCUCUUUCUGCUUCCACUACUUGCCUAAAAUGUCUCCUGAAGCUUACGUUCUGUUCUUUAACUCUCUUAACCUCGUCACCUUCGAAGCCUUUGCUUGGCUAUCGCUUUUCGUAGCCACGGUUGCUAUCUUUCUCUCACCAGGUGGACUCGCAUGGGCCUGGACCAAGUCCUCCAAGACCCGUGUUUCGAUUCCCGGUCCGUCUGGUUCUCUUUCCAUCUUCUCCGGUUCAAACCCUCACCGCGUUCUCGCCGCGCUUGCCAAACGCUUCAAGGCCUCUCCUCUGAUGGCGUUCUCCGUUGGGUUUUCACGUUUUGUCAUCUCCAGUGAACCGGAGACGGCUAAAGAGAUUCUGAACAGCUCUGCUUUUGCUGACCGCCCGGUUAAGGAGUCAGCUUACGAGCUUCUGUUUCACCGUGCCAUGGGGUUCGCGCCGUAUGGUGAGUAUUGGAGGAAUCUGAGGAGAAUCUCUUCAACGCAUCUUUUCAGCCCGAGAAGGAUAGCGAGUUUUGAAGGUGUUAGGGUUGGGAUCGGUAUGAAGAUGGUGAAGAAGAUCAAGAACGCAGCUGGCGAUGGUGAUGUUGAAGUGAAGAAGGUGAUUCACUUUGGUUCGUUGAAUAAUGUAAUGACGACUGUUUUUGGUGAAAGCUACGAUUUCGAUGAAGUUAAUGGGGAUGGAAGUUUUCUGGAGAGGCUUGUGAGUGAGGGUUAUGAGUUGCUUGGGAUAUUUAACUGGAGUGAUCACUUUGGUGUUCUUCGCUGGUUUGACUUCCAAGGAGUGAGGAAGAGGUGUAGAGCUUUGGUCUCUGAAGUCAACACUUUUGUCGGUGGAAUAAUCGAGAAGCACAAAAUGAAGAUGAACAACAAUAACCUCAAUGGAGAGGAGAGUGACUUCGUUGAUGUCUUGCUUGGCUUGCAAAAGGAUGAAAAGUUGUCUGAUUCCGACAUGAUUGCUGUUCUUUGGGAGAUGAUAUUUAGAGGGACGGACACAGUUGCGAUUCUAGUGGAAUGGGUGCUUGCAAGAAUGGUAUUGCAUCAAGACAUCCAAGCAGAACUCUACAAAGAGAUAUCUUCUGUUACAAGUAACAACACUAGGUCCUUGUCUGAUUCCGACAUCCCAAAGCUUCCGUACCUUCAAGCUGUAGUCAAAGAAACCCUGAGGCUUCACCCACCAGGCCCCCUCCUCUCGUGGGCCAGACUCGCUAUCCACGAUGUCCACGUGGGUCCCAACCUUGUCCCUGCAGGAACCAUAGCUAUGGUCAACAUGUGGUCCAUCACACAUGACGCCAAAAUCUGGACCGACCCUGAAGAGUUUAGGCCUGAGAGGUUUAUUGAUGGUGAGGAUGUAAGCAUCAUGGGGUCGGAUCUUAGGUUGGCUCCAUUCGGUUCGGGUCGUCGGGUUUGCCCGGGUAAAGCAAUGGGUCUAGCUACUGUUCAUCUCUGGGUUGGUCAAAUGAUUCAGAAUUUCGAGUGGGUUAAGGGUUCUAGUGAUGUUGACCUCGCUGAGGUUCUCAAGCUGUCUAUGGAGAUGAAGAAGCCGUUGAAGUGCAAGGCUGUUCCAAGGAAUGUAUGUUUUGGUUAGUGGAUUCGGUUAUCUGGCGUAUCGGGUCGGGUACUUGUUUAAUUAACUACUAUGGGUAGUAUCUUUUAAUAAUUAAUAAUAAUUAUGGUUGGGGAACUGGGAAGGAAGUUAGGGUUUUGGCACUUGGGUCGAACUUCUUUAGGGUUUUGGUGUCGAGUUUUUUACCUUGUUGUGUGUUUGCUUCAUGUAACGUAUCGUAUCCCGUACCCUUUGUUUUCAUGACUUUUCAAUCAUAUCUAUAAAAUUGAUUAGCUAA